UGGAAAAGUAAUCAAGUAUUUUUGAUAUUAAGGUAUAUAAAAAUAACUAGAAAUGUUGUCCGCUGCAAAAGUUCGUAUUCAUGGAAUGCAAGAUGAGAAUUGGGUUAUUAAGGACAAAAUCAAUCAGUACCGAGGACUCAUCAAACUAUAUGAGCGAGAUCGCAAAAUACAUGAAGGUGACUUGGCAAAGCAGAAGCGACGAUAUUUACGUGAUAUCCGACAACUACGGAAAGACAUUACAACCAAAAGACAAGAACUCGGCGUGGUGGUGUACGGUGACAAGCAGUUCCUAAGGAAUGCAUUUCAGGAGCAUAGACGUUUGCAAUUAACUUAUAUGAACAGUCAAGCAGAUAAAGUUUUAGAGAGUAUACACCAAGAAAAUUUUAACAAAAGGAAGCAACUAGAUCGCAUAAGUUACACGAAGAAAAAGAAAAUGGAAAAGUUUCGUCGAAUACAGCUAGCGUCAGCGGAGAUUCGCGAUCGGUUAUUGUACGAGAUAGGCGGAAAACUUCCGGCCGAGAAAAAGGAACAAGCCGUCGCGAACUAUGUCCAGCGUGCAAACAUCAAAAAGAACGCAGCUCUUGCUAUUAAAGUCAUGUAUAAGAAGAUUUUAGAUAUUCUUAAAAAGGAUUCGUCAUACUUUACGGUUGUUCUAGAAGCUCUUAAAGUAGAUUGUCGUGCUCAAGGCAAAUGUUUAAUGGGUGCUACUGAAAUGGGCCAGCUCGCUAUGGAGUAUUUGGACGACAGAAAGUUUGAGUUCAACAAAUUGGAAAAAGAGAUAAAAGCAAACAUGAAAGAGAGAGAACGAACUUUAAAGCUUGUGCGCCGAGAAGUUGCUUACUUAACUGAUUCUUUUCCCAAUCUAAUCCGUAAAGAGGAAGCCACAAAUCUCGAUGAAUUGUACGAAGAACAAGAGAAUGUAAGUCUCCAUUCGGUGCAUUGGGAACUCGAAGAAGUGAUGAGCAUUUGCAAGAACCUUCAGCGUGGAACAUUGGUGUCGGCAUUUGAUCAAAUACUUCUUCGAUUAAAGGAACAAAAAUACCAAUCGGAACGUCUAACGACGCAAUUGACACAAAAUAGUAUGAAGAGGAACGCGUUGAUUGAAGACCGCAAGCACGCUAUACUGAUGCUUGAUUCAUUGAAGAAUGUAGGACAGGAAACAACGGCCCAAUAUUUACUAGAGAAAGAUCAUUUGAAAUCGUCAUUAGAAGCUGAAAUUCGCGAAGAGAAGAAUCUUAAGAAAGCUUUAGAUGAGAAGGGACGACUUAUUAUUGAAAUGAAAACAUCAUUACAACAGAUAAAUCAAUUGCUAUCUAGUGUUGGUGCUCCAAAUGUCACUAGGUCACCACCCGCAGUUCCCGCAGCUAUUCAAUACGCGAUGGAUGAAUCGAUUCAACCCGUCCCUGAGGUGGAAGCUGAUUUCGACAAGUUGAUUUUGAACGCAAGACAGAAGUUGAAUGUUUUGAUUCAGGCCAUAGCUAAAAUGGAGGUAACGAGUGAAAUUCGAGCGAAUGCCAACCAGUUCUAUCACAACAUACUGGCUAGAUCGAUGCGCGACAGUUACAAGGAUGAAGUUGUUGCGGAAGGAGGCCUGAUUGAGUUUGAAAUUGAGGAUCCGAACGUUCCCAGUCAUGCUGUUAUCAAAUUACGUAGCAAACAGUUGGUGGAAUCGCAAGUCAGUGAGUUCGACGUACCGGACCAGCCUACGAAGAAAUAAUCUGUCAAAAUAAUUCAUGCUGUAUUACUACGUGGGCAAAACUACAUUGCAGUGCAGUAGAAAACUGCAGUACUCGUACUGCAA